UCAGUUAACAGCGAUAGGUAGUCUAAAUGAAACGGCUUCGUGAGGCAGGGCUAGUAAAAUGCAAACUACUAGCUAGCUGCUGCUGCGGCGGUAGUUGCCGGUCAGCUAGGUUUCUCUCGCACGGAGGAAACUGUCAAUUAGUAGCUAAUGUGAAGCAUUGAAUGACAUUGAGCCUGUAGUUAUGUGUUUCCUGACACUACCAGCGAACAAAUGUGCAUGGUUACCUCUCCAAUCUAACCGUACUAACACUUAAUACACCUAUAUGUUGUCAGGUUAAUUGAAACUCUGGUGGCGGCUUCACAUUAAGCUUGUCUGGUCAGGUGGUCCAUCUCUUUUGCUCUUCUCUUUGCUUGUCAUUUCCUUCACUAAUUGUCUCACACGCCACUGUCAGCCAAUUUGUUUGUCGUCCCCAUAAGCACGGCUAUUCACACAUUUUCCCUCAAUGUUUUGGCACCUUGCCUUAAACGCUGUCUGUUCCUUUGAUUGGAUAAAAAUACACACUUGUUUAACUACAGUCACUCAUUUCCCUGCCAAGCCAGCUAUGUGAGGUGAUACUAGAAUAUUAGCACAGAUACAUCCAAUCAAAAAUAGCAUCUCCAGUCUUAUCCUGUUGAUCAUUUUGCUAUUUUGUCAUCUCAUUAUUUUUGCUUGUGUCCACUUAUGGAGGAGAUGAGGUGUUUCAAAGCUGCUUCAGACAGGAUACACAGAAUUAUCUGACAUGCAGCCUGGCUUGUUCAGUUGAUUCGUCCUGCUGAGAGACGAGUUGCUAUGAAAAAGAAGGAGAAGUGAGCCGCCGUGCAAAAUUUUGGGAUGCACCAUAUGGAGUCUUCUUUUUCUAUAGAUGCAGGCUAUUCCCAAAUUGAGUAGAGCAGUGGUGCGUGUUAGGAGAGUCGCAGCUCAGGUCACCAAAGCAAGCAUGGCGAAUAACCAGCCGUGCUCCAAUCUGUCCUCUGCAGUGAAGGCGGAUGCAACCACUGCAGCCAUUCUCAUCAUAGGAGAUGAGAUUCUCAAGGGUCACACAGUGGACACCAACAGUGCCUUUCUGACUCGAGCACUGAGGAAGCUGGGAGUUUCUGUGCAGCGUAUAACUGUAGUACCAGACGUACAGGACGUCAUUGCCAAAGAGGUGUCCCUCCUUUCACCUCAAUAUACACACAUCAUCACCUCAGGGGGCAUAGGCCCCACCCACGACGAUGUCACCUUCGAGAGCAUUGCCAUGGCGUUUCAGGAGGAGUUGUAUGCCCACCCCGAGCUAACCCGGCUGGUUGAGGAGUUCUUUGGGGUGGUGGAUAAGGACAGUGCUGCUAUGAAGCUGGCUAUGGUGCCUCGCUCAGCCAACCUCAACUAUGGGAGGGAUCCUCAGACCGGCCAGCCUCUUCGAUACCCACUGGUCAGUGUGCGUAACGUGUAUAUCUUUCCUGGCAUCCCGUCUCUCAUGGAAAGGGCCUUUAAUGGGCUGGAGCACCUCUUCGCUGGUUCAGGGACCACCUUUCACACUCGUGAGGUGUUUGUGGAUGCAGAUGAAGCAGCAAUCGCCCCUGUGCUGACCAAACUGCAGGCGGGCUGGGGCCGGAGGGUAGCACUGGGUUCCUACCCUGACUGGUUGAGUAACUACCACCGAGUCAAGCUAGUCCUGGACUCAGACAGCCAGGAGGAGGUGGACAACGCCCGGGCGCAGCUGCUGGACGAGCUGCCCAAGGGCAGUGUGGUGCCUUUAGUCACCGACCCGGUGUCCAUCGCCACUGCAGAGGUUUACACGCUUGCCAACAAUGGAACACCGUUGGGUGACAAAGUAAUGUCUGCACUGAAAACAAUAGAGACUGCACUGGAUCAGUAUUCGACAGAGGAGGUCUGUGUUGGCUUCAACGGAGGCAAGGACUGCACAGCGCUGCUGCAUCUGUACUACGCAGCGCUGAAAAGGCGGUAUCCAGACAGUAAAGACAAGUUGAAGGCUCUGUACAUCCGCAUUGUCUCUCCAUUCCCAGAAAUGGAGAGAUUCCUCCAGGACACGAUCAAGAGAUAUGACCUGGAGCUGUUCUCUGUGGAGGGCAGUAUUCGUCAGGCGCUGAGCGAGGUGCAGGAGAGGAGGCCCGAGCUCAGAGCAGUGCUGAUGGGAACCAGGAGGAGUGACCCAUACUCACACACACUCACACCCAUGUGUCCCACUGACCCAGGUUGGCCAGACUACAUGAGAGUCAACCCACUACUGGACUGGACGUAUCAUGAUAUCUGGUCAUUCUUGAGGACGUUAUAUGUGCCCUACUGUAUUCUUUAUGAUAAAGGGUACACCUCAUUGGGCAGUAUGGACAACACUUGUCGAAACCAGUCGCUGCAGACAGUGGAUGGCAGGGGUGUGACACGGUACAAGCCAGCGUACCAGCUGGAGAACGAGGAGGAGGAGCGCAACUCACGUGCCUGAUGUCGUCACUUCUGUCGUCUAGGUCACCUGUUGCAGAUAUAAAGGCAGACUUUUCCUGUUGCCACAGAUGUAGGAUCAUCUAGGACCACCUCCACUUAAAUAUUAGUGGACAACACAAAGCUGACGGACAGUUUUAUCCCCGGCAGAAAAGAGGAAACGGUGACUGUCUGCAGAAGAGGCCCAACGCCACUCUGAUCACAGAAUGAGAUUGUGAAGGAAAUGUGUGGUUGUUGUGUGCUGCUGGGCAUGUGUGUGUGCGUGUGUGUGUGUGUGUGUGUGCGUGUGCGUGUGCGUGUGCGUGUGUGUGUGUGUGUGUUGUUACAUGUGUAUACAUGUGAGUCUAAAACAAAUGUAUGGCUCUCUGUGGUGUUCAAUAAAACAUCAGUCUGUCACCUGUU